UGCGUUAUGUGAAUAUCGUUAUAUCCAUUUAUCCCGUUUAUCGGAUAUCCGUUUGCGAUUUGGAAAAUCUUUAAGAAUCUCUUCUAAAUAUAUUACAUAAUUCCACAUAAUUGCCAUAUAUUAUAAAUCCGAAAGAACAAUCGACAUGUCGCAAGGUACAUAUCGACCUGUGAAGUAUCCAUAUACCUUAACUGCAAAGAUUGCUAACUUUCCAUACAAAUAUUACAUACAGUAUAGUUGGCUAUACAAAUAUUAUAUCAUAGGCACACUCGUAUGCCUGCCCAUAUUCUAUAAAAUUCAAAAAUUAUCAUAUUCUCCUGAGAAUGUUGCAAAAUGGGAAAAAAUCCAUCACGAAAUGUUCUAUGGCACUCCAGACGGCCAUCAUUGAAGUAGAAAUAUAAUAGAGUCAAAAAUGAACAUAUGUAAGAAAAAAACUUAGUCAUUCUCUAACUAGAACAAAUAAAUCUGUAAUUGCAUAUGUGAAAUAAAUUAUGGAGACACAAGGGAAUUAUAAAAAAAAUCUAUUUGAAAGUUUAAUUAUUAAAAUAAUUGUAUAAAAUAUACAUGACUAAAAAGAA